AUGGCAAGUCCCACGCAGAGUGCUGAAGAGCCUCCCGUCCUGCUCGUGCUCCACGUCCCGCUCGAGGCCGACGGCAGCAACCGCGUCCCGCUGACCCUCCCGGCUCGGCUGGCCGAGACGCCGACAGGAACGCGUGCUUCCGCUACCGCCCGCCUCGCUGCCCAGUUUUGCCUCGACCACGCCCUGCCUUCGCACCACAUUGCUCCACUCGCCGGUUAUCUGGCCGACGUCCUCGACUCGGCUCUCCCGCGCCCGCCGGUGGCCCCGGCGACUCCGUCGUGGCUCGUCCGCGCCGCCGCCAAGGCCGGGCCUCCCGCGGACAAUGACGCUCGCGACGCUCGCGACACCCACCACCCAGUCAUCGACGCCCGCUCGCGGGCUAUGGUCAAAGCCCGCAAGCGCAAAGAUCCGGAUGGUGCGUUUACUGUCUUUGAUCGUCUCUACGCUCGCGCCAAGGGCGCGCAGGCAUCGAGCGGCGACGGCGGCAGCGAGACAGCCGCCGCCCGCGAAGCCAGCGGCUCGCCCACUGGACCACAAAAGGGACCGGUGCACUCGAGCUCACGCGCAGAGUCAAGCUCAGCGGUGCCGCGUCGGCGGCGGGCCAGCUCCAGCGGCAUCGCCGUAGUCGAUCGGUUGUACCAGGCGGCGGCGGCGCGCAAGGCCAAGAUUGCCAAGCUUCGUGCGGCGCGGGAUGCUGAGAAGGCUGAGCGCGAAGCGAGCGUCAUGCGCGCCAAACCAAAGAUCACACCGCUCGCCCGUGACUUGUACGAGCGCAAGGUCCGCGGCCGCGGCGGGCACUCCAACGCAUUCGAGCGACUGCACGCCGACCGCGAGGAGAUCGAGAAGGCACGCGCCGAGCGAGCCAAGGCGCUACAGGUGGCCGAGCUUGCACAGUUUACAUUUGCUCCUGUCGUCAACAAGACGCCGCUCAAGGCGCGCUCGGCGUCGCCCGACGGCAAGGCCGACAACGGCCCGCGGUUUGUCAAGCUCUACGAGGAUGGCGCAAGGCGGUCAAUGGCACGCGACGAGCUCCGCGAGCAGCUCGAAGAAUCGCACACAUACCACCCCGACAUCGGCGCUGAUAAGUUCCUGGCCCGAAAUGAGAGCCGGCCGGCGUUUUUCGCCCGUCUCUCGCAAGCCGGCGCGCACUCGAAGCAGCAGGUCAUCCACCAGCUCCAGCUCGAACAGGGGCUUGAUCUCCGCGACAAGGUCACCGGCCAGGCAUACUUUAAGCCGCUCAUCAACGAGAGCUCGGCGACCAUCGCAGCAUCCAAAGGUCCAGUCCAUGAGCGACUGUACCAGACCCCGAAACGGCGUGUUACCGCGCCGCAGCCGGAGCUGGUCGAAGUCCGCCCAGCGUCGCGGGUCAAGGCGCGCAAGCGGACCGACAAGAUCCUAGCGUGUGCCUUUGAGCGGCUUGUCGACAUCUCAGGUGGCUCCAUGGAAACCUCGUCAUUCAUCCGGACUGCUGAGCUUCACGAGCCCGCGCAACUUCCGUUCCCCAAGACGGUGGCUGAUCCGCUGCUCCAGCGGCUGUACAAAGUCGGAGAGGCCUCGCUUGGCCUCGUCUCGCUGCUGCAGUUCAAGACAGUCAUGCAAACGUUCCUUUCUGCUCCGGACACGUAUGGUCCUGCCGCAUAUGUGCUGUCCAAGGUCCCGUACCACCCACCCCCUCAAGACCCUGCGACGCAGCUCGACUUUACGCCGGCCAUCAACGACAACUCGCGACAGAUGGCGCGCCACAAGGCGCCGCUCGGCUCGCAGAACCCGCCCCAGACGCCAGGUCGCGAAGAGCCGGUUGACCGGGCCGAGUACAUCCAGGCUGUUCGUUCGCGACUCGGCCUCAACUCGCCGCUGUGGCAGUUCGACUCGCCGGUCCAGCCGCAGGCACCGGAUCUGGUCCCGCCGCCGAGCUCCGCGCCUCUGCCGACGUCGCCCCCCAAGGACCAUCGGCCGCCGUGGCGCAACCCGCUUGUCCGCCGCGGAACGACUGCAUGGGAGACGUUUGAAGAGCGAGUGGUGGUUCUCGACAAGCCGCUGCCGGCUGGCGAGACGCACGCGUCCAAGAGGGCGAGGCAUGUCCCCGGUCGAGCGGCCAAGCCCCGCGAGGAGGCAAAAGAGAACGUGUGA